AUGUUGGCGCAUGAAGUGCGGAAGUAUAUGGGGUAUGGUGAUCCGCUUGGUACGUCGAUGUUGAAGAUUGUCAAUGCGAUGCAACUGGAUCAGCGGAGAGGGAUUCAAGAGGAUGAGUCGUCUGAGGAGGCGUUGUGGCCGAAAUUGUUGGAGCUGUAUAAUAUAGCUUCUGGAUAUAAUGUCUUUGAUAAUUUGGAAAAGGUGAUGGAUACUUUGACUGAAGGAUAUGCGGAUUGGACAGGAGAGGAUAAGGAGGACUAUGAUGAAGACGAUGAGGAAGGCGAUGAGGGAUGGUAG